AUAUAUACGUGUCGCAUCUCAUUCACUUCUCAUAUCAAACGUACUCUUCACCACAUCUUUUCAUUGCUCUUUCCGUCACCGAUCUUCGAGUUUUUAGAGAAAAGUUGAAACGAUGGAGUUGGAUCUUACACCAAAGUUGCCGAAGCAAGUGUACGGAGGAGAUGGCGGAUCUUACUUUGCAUGGUGCCCUGAAGAGUUGCCGAUGCUUAAAGAGGGUAACAUUGGAGCCGCAAAGCUUGCUCUUAAGCAGUAUGGCUUCGCUGUUCCUCGUUACUCCGAUUCCCCUAAGGUUGCCUAUGUUCUUCAAGGAUCUGGAACGGCUGGAAUUGUCCUUCCUGAGAAGGAGGAGAAGGUGAUCGCCAUCAAGAAAGGUGACUCUAUUGCUCUCCCCUUUGGUGUGGUCACAUGGUGGUUCAACAGUGAGGAAGCUGAUCUUGAAAUCCUCUUCCUCGGUGAAACCCACAAGGCACACAAAGCAGGACAGUUCACCGACUUCUACCUCACCGGCUCAAACGGAAUCUUCACCGGUUUCUCCACUGAGUUCGUAGGCAGAGCUUGGGAUUUGGACGAGAUCACAGUGAAGACACUUGUCGGUUCUCAAACCGGCAAAGGCAUUGUGAAGCUCGAUGCAGAUUUCAAGAUGCCACAACCCAAGGUAGAGGACCGUGAUGGGUUUGUGAUUAACUGUUUGGAGGCUCCUCUUGAUGUUGACAUCAAGGACGGUGGGAGAGUUGUUGUCUUGAACACCAAGAACCUUCCUCUUGUUGGGGAGGUUGGGUUUGGAGCUGAUCUUGUUCAGAUUGAUGGACAUUCCAUGUGUUCGCCUGGUUUCUCUUGUGACUCGGCGCUUCAGGUGACUUACAUUGUUGCUGGGAGUGGAAGAGUUCAAGUGGUUGGUGCUGAUGGGAAAAGAGUUCUUGAGACUCAUAUCACUGCUGGUUCUCUCUUCAUUGUUCCUAGGUUCUUUGUGGUUUCAAAGAUUGCUGAUCCUGAAGGCAUGUCUUGGUUCUCCAUUGUGACUACUCCUGAUCCAAUUUUCACACACUUGGCUGGGAGGACAUCUGUGUGGAAGGCUUUGUCUCCAGAGGUUUUACAGGCUGCGUUUAAGGUUGAUCCAGAGGUGGAGCAGUUGUUCCGCUCAAAGAGGACUUCGGAUGCAAUUUUCUUCCCUCCUUCCAACUGAAGAAGCAGAAGAGAUAAGAACAAGAACCAGCUUAUCUUUAAUUGUUGUUUUUAGUAUUUGCUUGUGAUACAAGGAAGUAUUCUUAGUCUAUCAUAUUUGGGGGUUUGAUUCUCUUCCUGUUGUUUUUUUUUUUCAACCGGUUCUUGUUCUCUUUGUUAGUUUUUAUUGAAAUAAAAGACAUAAAGUCCCUAUUUUACA